GCUGCGAGAAAGUGACCCCAAAAGUCUGGCGCCGGGGGAGCCCCGCGCUUCUUCCCGCGGGACUGGCCAUGGGUGCGAGCGGGGCUGUCUGGCAGCCUUGGCGGCUGCUGCUGCUGUGGCCGGCACUCCUGGGCUUUGCAGCCGGCUGCCCGCAGCAACUGCGGUGGCCCGUGCCGUACAGGCGUUUUGAUGACCGCCCUCCAACAGAUCCUUAUUGCCAGGCUCGUUACACCUUCUGCCCCACUGGCUCUGCCAUUCCAAUAAUGAGCGACAAAGAUGUCCUUGAGGUGUAUCGGUUGCAAGCGCCUGUCUGGGAGUUCAAAUAUGGAGAUCUCUUGGGUCACCUGAGAAUCAUGCACGACGCUGUUGGUUUCACGAGCUCUUUAACGGGAAGGAACUAUACGAUGGAAUGGUAUGAACUGUUCCAGCUGGGAAACUGCACAUUUCCGCAUCUCCGCCCUGACAGGCUCGCGCCGUUUUGGUGUAAUCAAGGGGCUGCCUGUUUUUAUGAAGGAAUCAACGAUGCCCACUGGAAGGAGAACGGAAGCUUGGUUCUGGUCACCACUAUCUCAGGAGCGAUGUUUAAUCAGAUGGCCAAAUGGGUGAAAUACGACAACAGAACUGGAAUUUACUACGAGACCUGGAUGGUCAAGGAGAGUCCAGAGGAGCAGGCCAGAGUGUGGUUUGAGGCCUAUGAGUGCUCCAAAUUUGUCCUGAGGAUGUAUCAAAAACUGGCAGAUUUAGGAGCGGUUUUCAAAAAGAUACAAACCAAUUACACCACCCUCACUCUCUUCAGCGGAGAGCCCAUUUGCCUUGGGAAUGAAACAUCCAUCUUUGGACCCCAAGGCAGCAACAAAACGCUUGCUAUGGCUAUCAGAGACUUCUAUUCUCCGUUCAAACCUUAUCAUUCCUUCAAAGAAUUCUUUAUAAACUUCUGGAGAAUAUUCAAUGAAGUGAUUCUGAAACAUGAAUUUUACUUCUUCUACAACCUAGAAUACUGGUUUUUACCCCUGAAAUACCCUUAUGUCAAAAUAGCCUAUGAGGAAAUCCCAUUACCUGGUUCAAGCACCAGCAGACUGAAUCCUUCGCAAAGGACAUCAGCAAAUGCAACCCUGCUGUGAAAUCCAGUACUAGUAAAUAUGUUUCUGUCAGUACUGAAAAGAGCUCUGGGAGGAAGAUCUAACUUACAAUCAACCUGCUUUGUCUAGCACUGGGAACAGAAGAUUCUUUUAUAUACUAACUUGACUGACAUGUACAGUAUUGUAAGACAGCAGACCAUGCCAAAUGCUGGCAAGGUGUGCUUCACCAAAGCUGUGUACUCUGCCAAAAUGGUGCCCUGCCUCUAAUUUGGGGCCAAUUGUUUAAAACCCAUCCAGCAGGCCUGGAGGAGAAUUAUUCACAUGUUAAAGAGUUUCCAACGUUCAUUCUUGCUCCUAUACGCUGCAGAAUUGCUGGUAUGGCAACUCAAAAGUACUCAAACCAGAAUUGGCCCAUGUAAGUAUUUCAUGAGAGGACUUCCUAAACAAUGGGGUUAUUAGAUUGUUCACAGUGACAGCUGGACAUGAGACUCGAGUUUUGGUUCUGGAUCAGGAGCAUGGAUACAGGCAUUUCCACAGAUGCAAGGGCUUCUACCUGUGGAGCGCACCUUUCCUGCCUCCCAUUCCUGUGGCAGCCUAAAAUACCUCCUGAAAUCCUGUUCUCUGAGGUUGUCUCCAUGGGAGGUGUGGGAUCGUGAUGUUCCACAGGAGGAAGUCUUUGUGCCUGCAGAAAACAUUCAUCAAGGCCCAACCAAGAAAAUGGACAAAAGUAAGUCCCCUUAAUUAUUUUGUAAUCUAGAACCACGCUGCUGAAUCGUGGUGGUGGUUUGGAUCUUGGGGAGUGUGCUCAUUUAGAAAAAAAAGCCUCCUUAUAAAUAUGCCUGCACAUUGAUUACUGUGUACACCCCUCUCUCCAAUUGUCCUUCACACAAAAGGUCUUGCUUAUGGAAUGCGACUUCCCACUCAGCCAUGCUCACAAGUCCCAUUUCUGCAUACCCUGCCACACAAGGAAAAGAAACUAUGAAUAAAGGCUUCAGAAGCCGCUUGGCGGUUUGGUUUUGACGUCAGUGCUCAUUUUUCAGACUAAUU